CAAAUGAUUGAAAUUUAUUAAUUUCGUGUAUUUACAAUGAAUUAAUGCAAAUUUCUUUCUUUUCAGACCAUAAAUUCACAGCUGAAGAGCUAAUUAAAUUUGUGCCUGGUGAUGAUGAAGAAACGCAUCGGCGCCUGUAGAAAGUACGGAGCAAAGGAGUCGUGAAAAUAGAAAGCAAUUGAACGAAAAAGAUAAGACCAAUGACGACGAUUCAGAGGAUGAAUUCGUCGCUGGGCUGGAAAAGAAGAGCAUAACAAUUGAUGACAUAUUGGCAGAUUUCGGUUCUGAUUUGCCAAAAGAUAUGGAUGCGGAUAAUCGCGAGCCUAAUAAAGCUGAGAAAAGGAAGCCAAAACGCAACAGCACUUUUAACUAAACGUGAAGACCCAGAGGAUAUUGUCGAUUUGGCUGACAUUAAGUCCAUAGGAAAUGUGCUAAGUUCGUAUCCCAGGUGAAGCCGCAAGUGCUGCUGGAAGCACCAAAUCCAAAAAUAAGGAUCCGAAUCGUUGUUUUAAAACCGCCGAGGAUGGAAGACUGAUUAUAAGUGAUAAAGCAUUGCGAAGUGCUGGGGGUGAUGACAACAGCAGCAGCAGCGAAAGUGGCUAUGAUGAUGACGAGGCGAUUGAAGCAAAACGAGCGCCUAAACGCGGCAUGGAAGUUGACCAUAGUGAUGAAACAAAAGAGGAGGAACUUCCAGCUACAAGCCGCAAACGUAAAGCUACCGAUGCGAUUAGUAUGCGUUCGGGUAAGACUUCAGCUUCAAAACAUGUAGCCGGUGGCAAAGGUAUUCAUCGGCCCUUAGGCGCCUCCGGUAGUGACGCAAUAUAAAUAAAAUCCGGCUACUCUGCGAAGUCGGCCAAAUCUGGCAAAUCUACAGCGGCUUCAGCAUACGCCGGCAGCGAGUAUACAACUAAGAAACAUAAAGGCGAUAUGAAGAAGAAGGGCAAGCUCGAUCCCUUCGCGUACAUACCACUAAGUCGAAAUACGACAGUCGGGUCUACGUAACCGGAACGACCCAGAUUUAUAUCUGGCCAAGGACUGUCAC